AUGGAGCUUCUUACCUUUAGUCACCAACAGCCGUACACUGAGAAAUCCAACGAAUAUCAAAAGUUUGCCCGAUAAGCAUCAAUUCUCCAACUCAGUCCGAGUAUUCUCUCCUCGUGUAAUCUACAACCAUUACUCGUACAGUCUACACAUAUUGUCUUUUCAGACCAACUUGGAACCUGAAUCGGGCAAAUCAGAAGAAGAUGGCGGCAUCCCUUCGCCCUCAGAGACUGCUCCCGCGGCUCUCCUUUACAACCUCCCGAGCAACAUCAGGAAGCCGGCCUUCGUUCCCCGAGCAAACACCAGGGGCAUGCCUCCUUUGCCAGUUCAGGCCGCAAAGUACCGUUCGCGUACCACGUGAAUAUCAUAUUCAGCAACCCCGUCGCUUCGCUUCCACAUCUCCCUCCAAUGCUACCACAACUGAUAACAACGGCACGGUCCAAAACAUCCCCGACAUCACGAACCACUACACUAUCUUCCCCAAGACCCUCCCAGCAGGUCCACCGCCUAGCUCACCCUUUCACAUAUCUGUCAGCGACCUGCGACGCGAGUUUCUUCAGCUCCAGGGUACAAUCCACCCGGACAAGUACCCGCCGGGCCCAUCGAAACAACAGGCCGAGGCCCUCUCAGCCCGCAUCAACGAAGCCUACCGCACGCUGUCUGAUCCGCUCGCGCGCGCACAGUACCUCCUCCGCGAGAUGCAUGACAUCGACGUCACAGCCGAGGACGGCGCCGCACACCAUGCGCUCGACCCGGAGACACUGAUGGAAGUAAUGGAGGUGCAGGAGACGAUCGAAGAAGUGGGCGCCGAACCCGGCGCCGAGUCCACGAUCGCCGAGCUGAAGAAACAAAACGAGGCCCGUGUAGUAGACUGUGUGGAGAAGCUAGCGAAUGCCUUCGAUACGGGCGAUCUGGAGUCCGCAAGACAGGAAUGCGUGCGCCUGCGCUUCUGGUAUAAUAUUGCUCAGGGUUUGAAGGAGUGGGAGCCCGGUCUCACCGAGAUCAGACUGGUGCACUAGAUCUCUUCUCGUCUUUUGGGCUGCCAACCUUUUGGAUUGGAUCCAUAUAUGGCCAUGGCCUGUCAUGUCUAAACUACUGUGUACGAUACAAUGCUGUCGACGUAAAUACCCUCAUGCCAUAGAAGUGUGCUGUGUUUCCAUGUUGAAUUGUUGAAAGCACAGCUGGAUAUUAUAAAAACUCUCCUCUCAAGUACAGUUUAUCGAAACUUAGGCCAUCAUGGUAAUUCAGA